AGAUGGUCAUCUGUUUAAUUGUUUACAUAAUCGGGAACGGACUAAUUUAUGUUUGCACCGGUUGACAAUCGGAACAUCUCGGGCGACUUCGAGCAAAGUGGUUUUCCCGUUUCUAAAAAUAGUAACAGGAGUGAAAGUAAACAUUGUUGAAAGAGAUGAGAUGGAGGCAGAGAGUCUGAAAAUAGAAGAAUCUGCUGAUGCAGGAGUUCUUGAGGAGAGAAUAUUUAAUGGUAUCUUUGAUUACAACUUCCAAGACAAUGAGAAGUUUAUUGAAGGUUGGAAGAAGGUCAGAGAUGUCAUACCAAAACAGAAACUUUAUGAGUCGCUGGUCCGAGCAGAAGUGUUCUUUUAUUCCAGAGAAGUUUCACCAGUAGAUUUGAUGGGAUAUCAAAAGUGGUUAAGCGAAAAUAGCAAGGAAAUUCCAAAUCUAGAAGAAUUACUUUCUGCUGAUCAAACAGUUUAUACAGACAAUGCCAGCAAAGAGGAAAAAAGCCAGAACGAACUUGAAAAUAAAAACACGAAGAUUGUGAACGAUAUAAAUAAAGAAAUAAAGUGUUCCAAUUCAGAACAAACAGAGGAAAAUGUUAUAGCCAAGCAUCCGGCUAACUUUAUUGAACUUAUUGAAAUGAUUCAGAGUGGCAUGAAGCUACCGGACACAGAUGACUUGAAUAUUGAGCCACUUAAUAUGGAUCCUACGCCAUGUGAUAUACAAAGUCCAAAGAAACCUUGGGAAAUAAGUUGAUGUCAGCAACCAUUAUAUUAUGCUAAAUGAAUAGAAAGAUAUAAUAAUAUUUUUAAGCUGUCAUGUUUGUUUUUUGGAUAUUGACUCCUGGUAUGAGAGUUUGGUAUCUAAAUUGGAAGAAUGAUGUUGAUUGUAAUUUCCAUGAAAGCAAGUACUAGUAUAUAUAUAUAUAGCUACAGUGUAAAAUUAUUGCUGAACACAAUAGUCAGUAGCAAUGGAUUAUUUUGUUAGUUAACUUUUCAUUAUGUGAGUAAUGAAAUAGAGACACUCUUUGUUAAAUCAAUUAUCUUAUUUGAAAAAUGACCAUAAAGAUAUAAAAACACUAUGAUGAUAUUUACAGAUUUUGAAAAUUUCUAACAAAUUUCUUUUACACAAUUUAAAAGUAUUCGUUUUCUAAUAUUUUUAUUAACAAUAAUGUCAUUGGUAGUAGGAAUUUUCACUUUUGUUGUUAAUCACAUCAACAUUGUUUACGUCACAUGAUAAAUUUUCGGCCAUGUUGCAGAGGACCUUCGGUGACCUGUGGUAUGUUAAGGCACAAGCAAGCACUUGUAGAACCAUUAACUUAUGUCAACAACUAACAUGUACUUAGGUUUCUUAUUUUCUAUUGUGAUUGAAUUCAGGUUUUAUUCAUAUAAUGUUGCGCUCCGACUAAAAUAUAUCGUUUGUAGAUCUGAUCAAAAGUAACUAGGUGAUUUUGCUUUUCCGACACAGUUAUUUUUAGCAAACCUUACGGAGAAUUAUUUUAUGUCAUCAGUAAAGUCAGUCAAGUCAUCAAUUUUGCCUUAGAAAUAUAAUUAUUCUACAUUAUGUUAUAUUAUUUUUGGUAGCUUAGCGUUGAUUCUAGGUAAUUUAUUUAAAAAGUAUGGGCAUUGCCAUUUUUGUUCAUCUGUAAUCAAUAUUUUAAUAUUGUGAAAAUCAGGUUCACGUUUCUGGUUUCUCAAUGGUUGAAAAUAGAACCGAUCCACAAAAGGGGUCACUGAUUGGAUGAUUGCAAGGUCACAAGAAGGUGACCCCUUAUCGUCACUGUCAGAUCUACAUGUAAACAUAAGAAUAUCUAAACUUAAGUCAGAUUGAUGAUGUUGUGACCCUUAUUUAUGUACUUAUAGCUUAUAUUUUAUUUGGAUUAAACUUGAAGAUAACUUACUAGAA